AUGGAUGUAGCAGACACAUAUGCUACUCAAAGACAAGUGAAAGAUGAAGUUGGCGUGCGGUGCCAAAAGCUUUUCCAGGACUUUUUAGAAGAAUUCAAAGAAGAUAAUGAAAUAAAAUACGAGAAACAAGCUAAGGAGUUGUUGAAACCUGAAUUGAGUACUUUAGAAGUCAGCUUUGAUGAUGUUGAAAAAUAUAAUCAAAAUCUUGCUACCACAAUCAUUGAGGAAUAUUAUAGAAUAUAUCCUUUUCUGAACCAAGCUAUUUUGAAUUAUGUAUUGAGCCUUGCUGAUAGUGGCAUGAAAAAAGAUCUGCAGGAUAAAGAGUGUUAUAUUUCUUUUGUAGAUGUGCCAACCAGGCAUAAAGUGAGGGAAUUGACCACAGCUAAAAUUGGUACAUUAAUCAGAAUUUCAGGUCAAAUUGUAAGAACACAUCCAGUGCACCCAGAACUAGUGUUGGGAACAUUUGUUUGCCUAGACUGUCAGACCAUUGUUAAAAAUGUUGAACAGCAAUUUAAGUAUACAAUACCAACAAUCUGCAGAAAUCCAGUAUGUGCCAACCGUCGCCGAUUUAUGCUUGAUGCAGACAAAUCGGUAUUUGUUGACUUUCAGAAGAUUAGAAUACAAGAGACUCAAGCGGAGUUACCUCGUGGUUGCAUACCAAGGUCCCUUGAGGUUAUAUUAAGAGCAGAAGCAGUGGAAUCUGUGCAGGCAGGAGACCGUUAUGACUUCACAGGGACUCUUAUAGUAGUGCCUGAUGUUGGUUCACUAUCGUUUCCUGGUGCAAAAGCAGAAAUCACUUCACGAACACGGCAUGCAAACGAAGGCCAGAUGGAAGGAAUCAAGGGACUUAAAGCUUUAGGUGUACGUGAACUACAUUAUAAGACCGCAUUCCUCGCAUGUAGUGUUCAAGCAAUAUCGCGUAGAUUUGGCACUGCAGAGCUUGCUACUGACGACCUCACCACUGAAGACAUGAGAAAACAGAUGACUGAUAAAGAAUGGGACAAGGUUUAUGAAAUGUCAAGAGAUCGUAAUCUUUACAACAAUCUAAUAACCAGUCUUUUCCCAAGUAUCCAUGGAAACAAUGAAGUGAAGAGAGGAAUUCUCCUCAUGUUGUUUGGGGGUGUUGCCAAAGUUACAGUUGAAGGAACAACACUUAGAGGCGAUAUAAAUGUAUGUAUAGUGGGUGACCCAAGUACAGCCAAAUCUCAGUUGUUAAAACAAGUGAGCGAAAUAACUCCCCGAGCAGUUUACACCAGUGGCAAGGCAUCAACAGCGGCUGGUCUUACAGCAGCUGUAGUGAAGGAUGAGGAGUCAUUCGACUUUGUAAUUGAAGCUGGUGCGUUGAUGUUGGCUGACAAUGGCGUGUGCUGUAUAGACGAGUUCGAUAAGAUGGACCUCCACGAUCAAGUAGCUAUUCACGAGGCCAUGGAGCAACAGACCAUAUCAAUUGCAAAGGCUGGAGUUAGGGCAACACUUAACGCUCGAACAUCGAUACUAGCUGCUGCCAACCCCAUAGGGGGCCGUUACGAUCGUGCUAAAUCUUUACAACAAAAUGUGUCUUUAAGUGCACCGAUUAUGUCGCGUUUUGAUCUAUUCUUUAUACUCAUUGAUGAAAGCAGUGAGAUGGUUGAUUACGCUAUAGCCAGAAAGAUAGUGGACUUGCAUUGUAACAAAGAAGAGACAUACGAUUGUGUUUAUACAAGAGAUGAUCUGCUAAGGUACAUCGCCUUUGCGAGAUCUUUCAAGCCUAUUAUUACUGAGGAAGCGGGCAAGCUACUAGUGGACUAUUACACGACUCUUCGAUCUCGUGAUGGUGGGGGGGCCAAUGGGGGAGGAUCAUGGCGUAUCACCGUUCGCCAGCUGGAGUCUAUGGUGCGACUGGCGGAAGCCAUGGCCAAGAUGCAUUGUAGUGGUCACGUCGCUCCUCAACAUGUACACGAAGCUUACAGGUUACUAAAUAAAUCAAUAAUUCGUGUGGAGCAGCCAGAUAUUCAUUUGGAUGAAGAUGAACCACAGUAUGAACCUAUGAUGGAUGUUGAUCAAGAAACGCCCGAUGGCAGCACGGAAAAGACAGUGAAUGGAGAUACUGCGCCAAAGAAAAAGCUAACGUUGUCGUUUGAAGAAUACAAAGCACUCAGUGACAUGUUGGUCGUUUUCAUGAGGAAAGAGGAGGCUGAGGCUGAAACUCGAGGUGAAGAAAGUGCGGGUAUGAAGAAAAGUGCAGUAGUGAACUGGUAUUUGGAGCAGCUAGUGACGCAAGGCCAAAUAGAAAAUGAGGACGAAUUACUAGAAAGGAAAACAUUGGUUGAGAAGGUCAUUGAUAGGCUCAUGUAUCAUGAUCAAGUUAUAAUUCCACUGUCAACCACCGGUUUAAAGGCUACUCAGAAAUCAUCAGAGCAGGAAAUAGAAGAUGAUCCAUUAUUAGUUGUUCAUCCCAAUUAUGUUGUGGAUACGUAA